AUGCCGCCAGUCGCAGCACCGGGGAACCCUGAUAGUCGCCUCAAUCACAAUGCCCCCCAAGCUGAACUUGUCGAAGCAGCCGGUGUAGAUGACGAUAUCCCGUCAAUGCUGCCAUCAGCAACCUUCACGGCAUCGAUGCCACCCGACAAUGGCAAUGACGCCGCAUACACCUCUACAAGCUUUGCAUACUAUGACGGCCGCAUCAAGAACGGCAUCCCUUCCAAACUCCAGCACCUCGAUUCCGGCAAACAUGGGAACUUUUCUGUCAUGCACAUAGGACUCUUGAAUCUAGGUUCCUCUGAGCGGCUUGAGGCAGCAAGACGUACAAGUGAAGGAACCGAAGCUGCUUCAAGGGUAUUCAACCAAGCCGGUUACAGAUCAUUGCGGCAAUUAAAACAAGAUGGUCCAGCCGCCGAAGCCGAACAACAAGCCAUGUCACUAAACAACACAGGAAAGAACAGCGCCAGAAGCAAGUCGCAACCUGGCAACGCAUUUGUUCAGAGGAAGAUGUCACUUUCGCCUCACGAGACAAAGGCGGAGCAAGCUCGGCUUUUGACUCUGUUGAGGACGCUUAACCCAGUCAAGGUUGUCGACCAGCUUUGCAAAGGGCUCGCAUAUUUUGGUGGAAUACCUGGGGCGCCUCCCCCCGCUAAUGAUGGUAUUUUCCCGCAAAGCAACGCUGCGAAUGGCUCGGGUUCGUUCUUCGUCGGCUGGCUGGCCGAAAUAUUUCCAAACGUGGAUGUAUCAACAGGCCCUCAUAUUUCCGUGCCGCCGACAUCUGCAUCUCCACCGAGCAACCUUCAAGCAACUGCUACGGCUUCGUCUUCUCCGAUUCCUUUGUCUCCUCCAGCUUCGGCCCUUCCGACCACGACCCCUACAGCUCAAACAGCAGCAACGGAGUCGUUCUCGACAAAUGAAGUGGCUGUUUUACCUGCCAAGAGAAAAAGAGGCAGACCCAAGGGUAGCAAGAGCUCCAAGAUACGGGCAGAUAAAGGGAAAAAGCACGUGUCCAAAGCCCUCAAGUACAGUGUACCCCUUGUCAUACCAAGCAUAGGUGUAGAUGGGAGUACGGGAGGAGGGGAUCAGCUUGAAUCGGACACCAUAGUAGCCACGGAUAAUACGUCCGCGCCUGGGCUUCCUGGUCAUUCCAAUACGCAUUCAAAGGCCCAAAACAACACACCGGUGCCAAGGAAAAGAGGUCGACCAAAAGGAUCCAAAAACAGACCAAAAGACAAGGCAAACGAGACACCACCCAGUGUAGCUGAACCAAGAACUGCACGGAUCGCCCAGGGAACCCCGUCAUCUGGCACUGUAAAUACUGAGAAUAUUUUCUCGGAUGACAAUUAUCCUGCGUCAGUGCGUUUCUUGGAGGAUGGUAUAGGCGGCCAGCCCAUACCACCAACCUCCCGACCUGCCGAUGUGGAAGACAACCAACAAAUCACUCACACAAUCGCGAACAAAAGCCCGGCGCAAAAAAGGAAGUCAACGCAACAGACCCGACCGGAUAUCGCAAGAAGUACGAACUUAGCUGCCACCCCAUCCCAGGCGCCACAAGGAACGAAGCGUCGUCGCAUGUCUACCGUGAUAGGCCCCAACGCUACGUCCGGGUCGCAAUCAGAGUCCGUAUCUAGCAGCUUUGACUCUCAACCCCAUACCACCACUUCUGGAAAUGAAGCGAUGAGAAUGGGAGCACACACUCCUCAAGCGCCACAGCUGGGGCAUUUCUAUAACAUCGCUACAUCUCCGCAGCCGCAGCAGCUUGAGUCCCCAAGCCUCAAUCCGACCAUGCAAGGCCAACAGACAACGCGUCCAUUCAGAUCACUGCAUGUGAAUACCGCAGCGAUGCAAAGCUACUACAACCAACAACGAUUGCAGCAAGCCUCUCAUCAUAUGACGUCUAUCAGCGCAUCCGGCGGCAGCUUUAGUCAGAACUUGCCUGGCGGCACCAACGCACGCUUAUCUCAGAAUCAGACUAAACAUGCUCCUGGGCACCAGCCAGCUGGACAGCAAGCCCGAGGGAGAAAGCAAGAUCCUCAAAGCAACCACAGUCGGCAACCUGCAGCUCAAUCAACCACUAAUACCACCAUGGGCUCGUAUUCGAGUUUUAAUUCCCAAGGCUUCAUGUAG